AUGAACAUCUUUAUUUGUUUAUUUGCUUUGUUUUCGUUUACAUUUUCUCAGCCAAAUUCAUAUCUACGGGAAGUCGAAGUUGAUGGAUUUACAACAAUCUUUUCUCAUGGAUAUCCACAAUUAUUACAAACGACAACAAGAACCGUGAAAGUGAAAGGAAAUAACUCUCUGGAAACUGAUGUCACCGAAUAUGUCAAUCCCUUUCGACUGGAUUGGAAACUCACCUCAAAGGCACAAACGGGUCUCCUUUUUUUCUUUGAUCGAUUAGGCCUCGAUGCUGCGGAUCAGUUUUGGAUUUGCAGUGAAUCACAAUACUUGUUGUGCCUUCGAGAUCCUUCAUCUUGCCUAUGUGUUGAUGUGACUAGGGAAGUAGAUUCAGUCUAUUGGAAUGCGACUCAAGGUCCAGCCUUUGUUCUUUUGGUAUAUGGAGUUUCGAAACAGUUUGAUAGCGGAAUCAAAGCAAGAGGUGGCUUCAGAGGAAAAGUUAUCGAAGUUGCUGAUAAAUAUCAUGAUUGUGGCACAACGAAGGAUAUAAGCAGUAUGAGAACACCAUAUUAUAUGAUUUCCUCUGGAUAUCCCUUUUCGGCGGGAAAUCAAUCGAAAUGUGAUCUUUUGGUAACGGCAACAUCGGGAAUUCGAGUACGAGUCUACUUUCUGAUACCGGUUGAUGGAUACCUUAUGGUAGCCGGGACAAAUCCAAAUGGAACUUUUACAAACACCACCUUUACCAAUGAAGUACUUUUUGGUGGUAUUCCUACUCUCUAUUUCCGUCAAAAUGUCACAUUGAGUACUUUAUUGAUGGGUGUUACGGAUGACUUAACGUCUUACUACAUUGUAGCUAUUGAUUCAUAUGACAUUGCGGCUACUAUGGCUUGUGAUCAAUAUGAUGAUCAAUCGAUCGAUCAAGAAUUGACUAUUUGGACAUCUGGUCAUUCGUAUCUUGAAGAUACAAUCAGACCUUACUUUAACAACGCUGAGUGUAAUUACAAAAUAACAAUCACUCAAGCAUAUCAAAUGUUUCUUGAAAUAAUCGGGAUGAACCUUGAAGAAAAUGCCGAUUUCUUUUAUGCUCCGGACUUUAAUCAAGAGUUUGUGAAUGGCAUUGCUCUGACUGGAUUGAAUUCAUAUAGUCUGCAUGCUGGAGUAAUUGGAUUGAAAGAAGCGAAUAUAAAAUGGAUAACAGAUGGAUUGGGAGUUGAAUCGGGAGGGAUUGUCAAUGUACUUCUUGCUGAUUGCACUUGCACCGGAGGAGUGUUUGAUUUAACAACUGAUGCCUCAUCCAAAUCCUUCGCAAACCCAGUCAAAAAACAUGAUGAUUUUACCUACAGCACCUAUUGCCGAGGAAUGGAGUGUAUUUGGACAUUUCUUGUCGAUCCCAAACAUCUCACAACUCUUAACGUUACUGAUGUUGAUCUCGGAUAUUUUGAUGUUUUUCAGGUCGAGACAGAGAAAGGCCCUUGGGGGAAAAUUGAUCGAUGGGGAUCCUAUGGAUUCACUAAUUUUUCAAAUGUUACACUAGUCCUAUCGAGUAGUCUUCUCUUAUCUGAUGAGUUUAAACAAGAAGAUCUAAAGCGACGAGGAGUCAACUUUAACGUAAAAUCAGAGGUAGUCAUUCCAAAAACAAUUGAUCUCUGUAAUUUAUCAAUUACAAAAAUCGAUGAAAAUGCUUCCCCGAUGCUUGAACAGGAAUUCAUUAUUACUUCGUGCAAAACGCCUCUUGCUAUUUAUGCAAAAAGUUAUGAUGAAAGUACGUUGCAGAUUUUUGAUGGAGAUCUUGACAAUGGAUUGCCUAUGAAAAUAGAAACCACGAUGAUCAUCACACAAAACAAACUCUCGAUUCGCAUCACAAAAGGAGAUCCGUUUGCUACUCGAACUCUUCUUUAUGUUAGUGAUUCAUUUGUGGACCAAAAUCACUGGUUUUGUGGUGGAUUUUCACAAGGGUCACUAAAUGUGACUUCUCCUGGUUGUUUACUGGUUUACGAAGAAGAUGAAAUUGAUGCAAUCACAGUGGCCCGUCAAUCUCUGCCAAUUUAUAGAGGAAUCUCAAUUCAACCAGAUGAUCUCAUUCCAAGCACACCUGAUUUUCCUCUUCGUUUAAUGACUUUAAAUGCAAAAGCUUCAUUCACCUUUAAAAUUCCCGAGAAUUUUGCCUAUGGCGGUUCAUUCUCUUCAAUGAGUGGAUUUGAAUUUAUUUCAAUCACUGAACAACCUUCUCUUGUUGUUUCACCGGACUACUUCGAUCCAACACAAAAAGCUUUUGAUUGGCGUUUUGAAGUGUUCUGUGAUUUUAACUCUUUUAAUGGAAAGUUUACUUUGAUGAAACCAUUAGGACAAGGAGCGAGUUUGUGCCGGUCAGAUCAAGUUUGUUGGGGUCCAAACGAUGGAAUGGCUACAGGCAACUUUGAAUGUGAUUCAGCUUUGAGUUACAAUGCUUCAAUGGAUGGGACAGCUCUCAUUUUGCAAAUGCUGACGGUACCAGUCAGAUCGACAACAAGCCAGACGAUUGGGAGUGGAAUU